AUGCAGUAAUCACAAAUUUCAAAUAAUGAAGAACAACAAAAAUUAGAACAACAAACAGAAAAAGAUGAAUGCGAAAUAUGUCUCCAAGAAAUCCAAAACAAAGGUAUUUUCAAAAAAUGCAAUCAUUACUUCUGUAUAAAUUGUGUUUUGAAUUGGACUUUGCAUAAGAAAUCCUGUCCCAAAUGUAGAUGUAAAGUUUCAACCAUAAUAAAACUUUCGAUAAGAAAGUAUCCUCGUUCUAAAAAACAAUCAAUAUCUAAACAACUCAUCUAUUUAUCAAAUUCUGAAAGUGAGAGCAGCGAUUCAGAUUAUAUUCCAAUUGAUACGCUUGCUGGAAGAUAUGGACCCAAAGAUUUUUUAUGA